UGACAUAUGACACGUACUUAUGUCCGAAGGACGAUCGCGGAUAUCUAAUUCCGAUUCCGACAGAAUUCCUACCAUUCCAAUUUUUUCCGUGCUCAUAAGUGGUGUACCUGGCAGGACAACGGGUCCUUCGACAGACCGGUUUUAACUAUUUGAUUUUUUUCGAUGUUUAUUAUUAAUUAUUAUAUACGCAAAUACACGUUUUUAAUAUAACACGAUUAAUAUAAACGCGAUAUUGAACAAGUUCAUUCAAUUUAAUUAAAAUGAGUAACCAAAAGACAGUACCGAACGGUGUAAAAUUCCUCAUUGGUGGGACUUCUGGCAUGGCAGCAACAUGUUUUGUGCAACCAUUGGAUUUAAUAAAGAAUCGUAUGCAGUUAAGUGGCACAAAAACAUCAACAUUAAAUGUUACAUCAUCAAUUCUUAAAAAUGAAGGUGUCCUGGCAUUAUACUCAGGUUUAUCUGCUGGUUUAAUGCGACAGGCCACAUAUACUACUACUAGACUUGGUAUAUAUACUUGGCUUAUGGAAAUUGCUUCAAAAGAUGCACAACCAAGUUUUAUUGUAAAGGCAUUACUCGGUAUGGCGGCUGGUUGUGUUGGAGCAUUUGUAGGUACACCUGCCGAAGUAGCUUUAAUUAGGAUGACAGCAGACGGAAGACUACCUAUUGCUGAUAGACGCAAUUACAAAAACGUAUUCGACGCAUUAUUCCGUAUAAUUAGAGAGGAAGGUCUUUUUACGUUAUGGCGCGGUGCUAUUCCUACAAUGGGACGAGCUAUGGUUGUAAACGCAGCACAGUUGGCAUCGUAUUCUCAAGCGAAACAAGCAUUAUUAGAUUCAGGAUAUUUUGAGGAAAAUAUUGUAUUACACUUUGCAAGUUCUAUGAUUUCCGGUUUAGUCACCACUGCUGCCUCUAUGCCUGUAGAUAUAGCUAAAACAAGAAUUCAAAACAUGAAAACAAUAAAUGGCAAACCAGAAUUCACGGGUGCAAUUGAUGUCCUGACCAAAGUUAUAAAACACGAAGGAUUGUUUGCAUUGUGGAAAGGAUUCUUCCCGUAUUAUGCGCGUCUAGGGCCUCACACGGUUUUGACAUUUAUUUUCCUCGAACAAAUGACCGCUACUUAUAAAGCAUACUUGUAAUUACAACUGUGUGCGCUUGCGGAAAGUUGUUACUAAUGGUUUAAGUAAGAUUCUGUUGUAGCAGACUUGUCUUGUUUACGCUUUGAUUUAUUAUAUAUUUUUAGAAAUAGUAUUUUUACAAUAAACCUAUUUUAUAGCAUACUUAUUGUCAAAUAUUACGCACACAAUUGUAAUAUCAUUUUGUAUAAAUAUAUACAGGAUUCACAAUUUGUAAUAAAAGUAUUUGUAGUAGCUUUUACGAAAUAGGUUGCGUGUAGCAAAAUUUUUAAUUUUGGAAAGAGGGAAAGUAUAUCUUCAUCUUUAAAUUGAAGAAGAUAAAUUUCUAUUUCAAUAUACAGUUUAUGCAUUUUAAGUUUCCUGCCAUACUGUGUGUGUGUGUGUGUGUGUGUGUGUGUGUGUGUGUGUGUGUGUGUGUGUGUGUGUGUGUGUGUGUGUGUGUCGUUUAAGGAAAAAAGGCAAUUAUUUACAUUAACGAUUCCUCAUCAAUUUUGAUUCCUCACUUUUAAAUAUGUUGUCAAGGUCAUUAUUCUGAACAACUUUUCCUUAUAUGUUGCCGCCAUUCGGCCUCAGUUUUCGAGUUAUUUAAUUUCUUGCUUCGAUUUCAUUAGUUUUGAAACAGGUGGGAGCGUAGGGUGCGUAAAACGCUUGGGUGGGGUACAGGAAGAGAGGCUUCGUCCCUCUGCUCUGCUCUGUAAGCAUGCAGGGGAGAGGUGUGGGUAGACCUCGUUUCGCAUGGAAAGCCACAAACGUUGUUUUGCUUCAUGUGGUAUAAUAAUAAGGUAUAAUAAUAAUAGUAAACAUUGACAGUCUACAACUUUACAUGAUCGAGAAGUACACUUAACCAACACUUCUUUGUGUGGUUUCACACACACACACACACACACACACACACACACACACACACACACACACACACACACACACACACACACACACACGGGAGGAGGGAGGGGGUGCAAGGGGAGCUUCGGUCUCCCUCCCGCAUCCACCUCGUUGGUAGGGGUGCCCUGGAGUGAUCAAACAGAAGUGAUCAAAAGUACGGUGCGUAUUUUUAUUGAGAAAUAACUAUGUCAAUUAAGUCGUAAUUUACAAUCAACGAAGUACGCACCGUACUUCUGCACACUUCUGCCCAAGGCACCCCUACCGACAGGGUGAGUGCGAGAGGAGAGGGCCAAAGAUUCCCCUUGCCGCCCCCGGUGUGUGUGUGUGCGUGCGUGCGUGCGUGUGGCCACAGCGUGUGUCGUAUCGUAUUUAAUAAACUUUUUUUGUUAAUAAGUUUUGUUAAUAAGUGUGUAUAACUCAGAAACUAAGACCGAGUGGCGGUAUAAAGGAAAGUUGUGAAUAAUGACCCUGAAAACAUAUUUAAAGGUCAUCAAAAUCGGUGAGGAAUUGCUAAUGUAAAUAAUUACCGGAAAAAAAUCUCUGGACUGGUUUCUUGCGGAAAUUUUAUAUUAUUAUUUAUUUAGUCUACAAAAACCAUGUAAGUCCAUUUAUUCAAAAUUUGGAUUAUUCAAGAUCUGGAGUGCCGAAUUUUCCAUCAAUAAUGUCACAUCGUGAACAAAUGAACAAUUUGAAA